AUGAGAAGUGUUCGACCUUUAUUUCGCUUUGUGCAGUGUUCAAUUCCGUCGCAUGGCCAACAGCGUUUUCUCCGUGUGGAAAAAUGCAAAGAUCAUCUGCGUUUGAUUGAUAAGAAUGAUACAAUGGAUUUUCAUUAUAUUUGGCUUCGACAUAAUUGUCCUGAUGUUGGCAAGUCAAUACAUCCGAAAACUGGCGAACGCAUCGUUGAUUGUGCGGAAAUUCCGUCAACGAUUGAACCUGAACAUGUUGAACUGACGGACGCCGAACGGAAGCUGAAAGUUGUUUGGUCGAAAGAUCACUCGAGUUUCUUUGAUAUCGCGUUUUUGUUAGCGAACGCUUACGGCAAAAAUCGACUCGAAGCACCGAAACCGCAAGCGAAAGUCGAGGAUAUCGAGUUAAUUUACGAUAAAACUCAACAUGAAACUUAUUUGAAAAACUGCUAUGAUCGCUUGAAGAAAUUUGGAUUAGUUGUUGUUCGACAACGAGGUUUAGACACGGAAGCAAUCAUUAAAGAUUUUCUUCCGUGCGGUGCAUCGGUUGUUGAAACUCAUUUCGGUCGUAUUGAAGAUUUACGAACAGAUAAUACCACUAAUAAAAACAAUGAUCAAUUAGGCUAUACGGAUGCAGCAAUCAACCUGCACACAGAUCAACCAUUCAUUGCCGAUCCGCCAGGCAUGCAAUUACUGCAAUGUAUACGUCGGGCGGAUACUGGUGGUUCGAAUACUUUAGUUAACGCUGCCCAUUCAGCACUCUAUCUUCGUGAGAUUGAUCCGAGUGCGUAUUAUCUCUUAACGAACGUGCCCGUUCGUUUUCAUCGAAAACAAAAACAAUUCCAGAGUGUACAUGUCGGUCCACUUAUCGAAACAAAUGGUGACGAAAUAAAACAAAUUCGUCACAGUUAUUUUACACUCGCACCGUUCCAGUUUCCUUACUGGUUAACUGUCGCCUAUUACAAUGCCUAUCGCAAAUUCGCAUCGAUUCUGUACGAUCCACAAUGUCAGUAUCGAGUACAAUUGGAAAGUGGAGAUUUCGUUCUUUAUGAUAAUUUCAAAAUGUUACAUGCAAGAGAUUCAUUUACGGGACCAAGACAUUUACGUGGAAUCUAUUUUCGACAUACUGAUGUGUGGAAAAAGCUAGAAAAGUUUUGUCAACGCAACCAGGGAACAUGUCAGAAGUCCCAAAACUGA